AUGAUAAGGACAGAAUCAACAACGAAACCAAAAGGAAGUCAAACAAAUGAAAGUUCAAAAGAAAUUUUGUCUGAAUUCAAGGAACAACCAAUUACAUCCAGCGAAAUAGCUAACAUAGAACAAUCGACAUUGAAACCAACAGAUAGUCAAACAACCAAAAUUCUAUCAAGUGAUUCGUCCCAAGUUGAAAAUCCAUCAAAUCUCAGUUUAAUAAACGAGCAACAAUCUACACCGAAACCAGCAAAUGAUCAAGGCACAAAAAUACUUACUAGUGAUUCGUCCAUAGUCAAAAAAACAGAGUCAACAGUCAGCGAUGUAAACGAGCAACAAUCGACAUCAAAACUAGAUGAAAGUCAAACGACCGAACAAUAUAAAGAAAAAACCAAAAAACCACAAACAGACAGCUUGAACAAAAGAAAAUUGGUCAGACAACAAAAAUUAGUAAAAAAACUAACAGAAGAAAAAGAAAGACUAACCGAACAACAAAGAUUAGCUAAAGAACAAUUCGAAGUGAAACAAAGAUCAGCUGAAAAACGAUUUGCCGAACAAGAAAAAUUGAUGAAUGAAAAAUUGGCUGCACAAGCAAAAUUGAUGAAUGAAAAAUUAGCCGCACAACAAAAAUUGUUUGAUGAAAAAUUAGCCGAACAACAAAAUUUGACCAAUGAACAAUUAGCCAAACAGCAAAGAUUAGCCAAUGAACAAUUAGCCGAACAACAGAGAUUAGCCAAAAAACAAUUUGACGAACGACAAAGAAUAUCUGAAAAACUAUUAGAAGAACAAAUAAGAUUAAACAAAGAACAAUUAGCCAGACUAGAAACAUUAUCUCGACAAGAACAAUUAACAAAAGCAGAAAUCAAAAAACAACGAAAUGUAAUAGAACAACUAUUACAAGAAAAAGAAAGACUAGUCGAACAGCAAAGAAUAGCUCAAGAACAAUUUGAGCAACGACAGAGUUUAGCUAAAAAACAAUUCGACGACGAAGUAAAAUUGAUGAAUGUAAAAUUGGCUGAAAAAGAUGAAUUGAUGAAUAAAAAAAUUGCCCAUAUAGCAAAAUUGUAUAAUGAAAAAUUGGAACAAAUACAACAAUUUGCCAAAGACAAAUUAGCCGAACAGCAAAUAUUAUCCAAAAAACAAUUAGACGAACAGCAGACAUCAGCCAAAGAACAAUUAGCCGAACAACAAAGAAAAGCUGCAGAACAAUUAGCUGAACAACAAAGAGAAGCUGAAGAACAAAAAAGAUUAAUGAUAGAUCAAUUAGCCAAACAAGGAACUGAAGAAGAAUUCAAAAAACAACAAAAAUUAGCCGAAAAAAUUGCCAGACAAGAAAAAUUGAUACAAGAACUAAUUAAAGAAAAAGAAAGAUUAGUUGAGCAACAUAAAUUAGCAGAAAAACAAUUAGAAGACCAACAAAGAUUAGAUGAUGAACGAUUAGCCCAACAAGAAAAAUUGAUGAAUGAUAAAUUGGCUAAACAAGAAGAAUUGUUUAAUGAAAAAUUGGCUAAACAAGAAGAAUUGUUUAAUGAAAAAUUAGCCGCACAACAAAAAUUGUUUGAUGAAAAUUUAGCCGAACAGCAAAGAUUAGCCGAGGAACAAUUAGUCAAACAACAGGGAUUAGCCAAAGCACAAUUUGACGAACAACAGAAAUUAACCAAAGCACAAUUUGACAAACAAGAAAAAUUUAUGAAUGAAAAAUUGGCCGAACAACAAGCAAUAUAUGAAGAGCGAUUAGAAAAAGAAAAAGGAAUAAUGGAGCAAGAAUUAGACGAACUAGAUAAAAUUUGCAAACAAGAUCAAUCAACUAUAGAAGAAUUGAAAAACCAAAAUGAAUUAAAAGGACAAAAAUUAGCCAAACAAGAAAAAUUAAUACAAGAACUAAUAAAAGAAAAAGAAAGACUAGUCGAAGAGAAAAAAUCAGCUGAUGAACUUUUAGUAAAACAACGAAAAUCAGCUGAAGAACAAUUGGCAGAACAAGAAAGAUCGAUGAAUGAAAAAAUAGCCCAACAAGACAAAUUGAUGAAUGAAAAAUUGGAGAAACAAGAAGAAUUGUUUAAUGAAAAAUUGGCCGAACAACAAACAAAAUAUGAAGAACAAUUAGAAGAACAAAAAAGAUCGAUGAAUGCACAAUUAGCCGCAGAAGGAAAAUCGUCCGAACAAGAACAAGUAACUAAAGAAGAAUUCGAAAAACAACAAAAAUUAGCCAAAGAACAAAUAGACAAACUAAAAGAAUUCAUGAAUAAAAAAUUGAAUGAACAAAAAUUAGCCAAAGAAAAAAGAUUGAUGGAAGAAAAAUUUGACAAAGAAAAACAAUUAAAGAUUGAAGAAAUGGAUAAACAAAAAAAAUUAUCUGAUGAAAAAUUAGCCGCACAACAAAAAUUGUUUGAUGAAAAAUUAGCCGAACAGCAAAAAUCGUUUGAUGAACAAUUAGCCGAACAGCAAAGAUUAGCCGAAAAGCAAUUAGCCGAACAACGAAAUUUGGCCAAAGAGGAUUUAGACAAACAAAAAGAAUUGAUGGAUGAAAAAUUUGCCGAACAACAAAGAAUAGCUGACAAACGAUAUGAAGAUCAAAAAAGAAUAAUGGAAGACCAAAUGGCCGAAAUAGAUGGAAUUUGCUUACAAGAACAAUCAACUGUAAAAGACUUAGAAAAAUUACUAAAAUUAAGAGCAAUUAAAUUAGAACAACAAGAAGCAUUGAUACAAGAACUAAAAAAUGAAAAAGAAAAAAUAGCCGAAGAGAAAAAAUCAGCAGAACAACGAUUAGCCGAACUAGAAAAAUCGAUGAAUGAAAAAUUGGCCGAACAAGAAAAAUUGAUGAAUGAAAAUUUGGCCAAACAACAAAAAUUGUUUGAUGAAAAAUUAGAAGAACAAAGACAAUCGGCCGAAAAACAAUUACAAGAACAAAAAGAUAAAACCAAAAAAGAAUUGGACAGACAACAAGAAUUAGCCGACGAAAAAUUAGCCCAAGAGAAAAAAUUAGCCGAAGAACGAAUAGCCAAACUAGAAGAAUCGAUGAAUGAACAAUUGGCCGAACAACAACAAAUACAUGAAGAACGAUUAGAAGAUCAAAAAAGAAUAAUGGAGCAAGAAUUAGACGAACUAGAUAGAAUUUGCAUACAAGAUCAAUCAACUAUAGAUGAAUUAAAAAACCAAAAUGAAUCAAAAGGACAAAAAUUAGCCAAACAAGAAAAAUUAUUACAAGAACUAAUAAUAGAAAAAGAAAAAUUACUCGAAGAGAAAAAAUCAGCUGAAGAACUUUUAGUAAAACAACGAAAAUCAGCUGAAGAACAAUUGGCAGAAAAAGAAAGAUCGAUGAAUGAAAAAAUAGCCGAACAAGAAAAAUUGAUGAAUGAAAAAUUGGAGAAACAACAAGAAUUGAUGAAUGAAAAAUUAGCCGAACAACAAACAAAAUAUGAAGAACAAUUAGCCGAGGAGCAAAGAUUAGCCACAGAGAAAUUAGACAAAAAGAAAAAAUUAUGGAAAAAAAAAUUGGCCGAUUUAAAAAAAGAGAUGAAUGAUAAAUUGGCCCAACAGAAAAAAGAAACUGAUGAAAAAUUAGCCGAAGAAUAUAGAUUAGCCGAUGAACGAUUACAAAAACAACAAAGAUUAGCCGAUGAACGAUUUGCCGAACUAGAAGAAUUAAUGAAUAAACAAUUAGACGAACAAGGAAAAUUGACCAAUCAAGAAAAAUUAUCUAAAGAAGAGAUAGAAACACAAUAUAAAUUAACCAAAGAAGAAUUAGCCAAACAACAAAAAAUAGUCAGACAACUAUUAGAACAAAAAGAUAUACUAACCGAACAAACAAGAUUAGCUGAAGAACUAAUAGCCGAACAAGAAAGAUUUGCUGAACAACAAUUAAAAGAACAACGAAGCUUAGCCGAACAACAAUUGGCCGAACAAGAAAACUUGAUGAAUGAAAAAUUGGCUGCACAAGAAAAAUUGAUGAAUGAAAAAUUAGCCGAACAAGAAAAAUCGCUGAAUGAACAAUUGGCCGAACAAAAAAGAUUAGCUGAAGAACGAAUAGCCGAACUAAAAGAAUUAGCCGAAAAAGAAUUAGACUUGCAACAAAGAUUAGCCGACCAAAGAUUAGCCGAACAACAAAAUUUAGCUGAUGAACGAUUACAAAAACACGAUGAAUUAGCCAAAAAACGAUUUGAUGAUCUGGAGAAAUUAAUGAAAGAUCAAUUAGAAGAACAAGGAAGAUUAUCCAAACUAGACAAAUUAUCUAAAGAAGAGAUAGAAAAACAUCAAAAAUUUGCACAAGAACAAUUAGAAAAACAACUAAAAUUAGCCAGUGAACUAUCAGAAGAAAAAGAAAAACUAGUCAAUGAAAAAAGAUUAGCUGAAGAUCGAUUACAAGAACAAAAUAGAUUAGCCAAUAAACGAUAUGCCGAUCUAGAAAAUUUGAUGAAUGAAAAAUUGGCUGAAAAAGAUGAAUUGAUGAAUAAAAAAUUGGCUGAAAAAGAUGAAUUGAUGAAUGUAAAAUUAGCCGAACAACAAAAAAAAGCUGACAAACGAUUAGAAGAUCAAUUAAAAUUAGCCAAUGAAAAAUUUGCCCUAGAUCAAAAAUUAGCUGACGAACGAUUAGAAAAACAAAUAAAAUUAGCCAAUGAACUAUUACAAGAAAAAGAAAGACUAGCCGAACAACAAAGAAUAACUGAAGAAAAAUUAGACAAAGAAAGAAAAUUGAUGAUUGAAGAAUUGGAUAAACAAAAAAAAUUAAUGGAUGCAGAAUUAGCCGAACAACAAAUAUCAGCCCAAAAUGAACUGGAAAAUCAACGAAAAAUAAUGAAUGAAAAAAUAGAAAAUCUAGAAAAAUUGAUGAAAAAAGAAUUAGAAGAAAAACAAAGAAUAAUUGAUGAACAAUUAGCAACACAAAAGCAAUUUACCGAAAAAGAAGAAUCGUUGAAAAAAGAAUUUGAUGAACAACAAAAAUCAGCAGAAGAAUUAGAAGAACAACGAAGAAAAAUGAAAGAAAAAAUAGCCCAACUAGAAAAUUUAAUGAAUGAAAAAUUGGCAGAACAACAAAAUUUGAUGGAAUCAAAAUUGGCUGAACAAGAAAAAUCGAUGAAACAAAAAUUGGCUGAACAGAAAAGAAUAGCCGAUGAAGAAAGAUUAGCUCAACAAGAAAAAUUUGAGGAAGAACAAAGAUUAGCCAAAAAACAAUUAGAAGAUCAACAAAAAUUUGCCAGAGAACAAUUAGAAGAACAUCAAAGAUAUUUUAAUCAACAGUUGGAUGAAGAAGAAAGAAAGUCCAGAGAACGAUUAGAACAACAAAUACAAAUGAUGACAGAAAGAAUGGCUAAAAAAAAAAGUGAAGCUGAUGCUCGAAUAGAUGAACUUAAGAGAAAAUUUUUUGAUCAAGUACGAAAAUGCAAUUCGUUGAGAAAAAAAUUAUAUCCAAUCAACACCGAAGGAUAUUCGGAUGUUGCAAAGAAAACAUACGAUGAAGGAAUUAGAUAUCCAUACUAUGAUCUCUUGGAUGAAAAACAAAAUCUUAUGAAUGCAUGGGAUAAUCAAGAAAGAAAUUAUAUAAAUAGAUUGAAUAAAUUGGAUAAACUAUCAAAAAAAAGUAAAAAUGCAAAUAGUGAUUAUGAAGCUCUCAAUAACGAAUAUAAAGAAAAAGAAAAUGAAUUUGACGAACAAUUAAAGAAAUUAGAUGAAAAAAUAGAAAAAGCAUACGAAGAAAUGGAAAUUGAUCUUGUCAACAAAGAGACAAGAAUUAGUGAACAAAUUUUGCGAUUUGGAGGAACCAGAAAUAACAUGGAGAAAGAGAUUAUAAAUGAUAUUAAGAAUUCUGGUUUUGCA